AUGGACUUUAUUAAGAAUCAAAUAUGGGGCCCCGACCCCAAGGAGCAAGUACGUACAAACUAAGCCAAAGAAACAGGAAAAAACAUAAAAAAAAGGUCUCCACCAGAAUAUGCCUUGCUAACCUCAACCUUUGACUUGUAGAUGAAAAAGAUUAACCAGCUCCUUCGGAAGAAUAAGCGGGAGUUGGAUCGGUCAAUGAACCAGUUACAGCCUCUCAAAAAGAAGACGGAGGGGCUCAUCAAGAAAGCCGCAAAGGAUAAGGACUACAAGACGGCAAAAUUGUAUGCUCGCGAAUACAUCAACAUCAACAGGCAAUAUAAUAAACUCCACACUUCACGAACUAGAAUCGACUCAAUCACAAUGUCGAUAAACGAACAGUGGCAGAUGAAUAAGCUCACCAAGUCCAUCCAUGCCUCGACGUCGGUGAUGAGGGAUGUCAACCUGUUGAUUCACAUUGGCGCGGUUUCGCAAACAAUGCAGGAAUUGUCGAAGGAAUUGACGAAGGCGGGAAUCAUCAGUGAGAUGAUGGAUGAUAUGGUUGAUCUUGACUAUGAAGAAGACGAGGAGUUGGAAAGCGAGUCUCAAGAUGAAGUCAAUAAGAUAAUAACGAGUCUCACCGAGGACAAAUUUAGCAAGAUUGAAAGUGAGAUACCCAAUGCCGAAUUUGAGCAUGAACCCGAACAAGAAUUGGCACAAGAAGAUGACGAAGAUGAAGAAGAUGAUAUAGCUAUAGACGAGAUGAGACAGAGAUUGAAAGCGUUGCAGUGA